AGAAAAUAGGUUGGGUUGUUAUAUUUUGUGAGGCUGACAGUGACCUUUUCAAACCUCAAGGGAAGAGGGUUUUUUUCUGUGUUUGGUAUUUGUCAGACCAGCCUUGAGGCACCAGUUAGUGACACACUGGAGUACCAGAGUGACAGUGCUGCACUGGUGAGAGUUUAGCAGAGAGCCAUGAAGACAGUAAGGGUGUUAGAGCACAUGGAUUAUGCGGAGACGAUGAGAGAGGUGGGUUUGCUCAGUUUGAAAGCCAGCAGGGGAUCUAUCUGUUCUCUUCUCCUGGGUGUUUGUAGAGAGGACGAUACCAGACUCUUCUCAAGACAAUGGACACCAGCAGCAGUGUGGAAGUUUGGAUAAGAUGCAAGGAAAAUACUCUUUACCAUGAGGUUAGCCCAAAACCAGAGCAGAUGUUCCUGACAGGCUGUAUAACAGGGCUCCAGUGUCCUGCUGAAGCCUCACAAGUUUCUCACUCAGUGUCCUGCUGACACCAGGGCUGUGCAGGCAGAAAGGGCCUGCCAGAGGUGAUGUGCACUGGGAUUCCAGAGGAAACUUGAUCAGGAAGACUCCCGAAGUUGUCUUUGGAGUGUAGGUCUCUGUUUGUAAAUUAACAGGCUGCCAAUUUCAAUAACAAUCUUCAGUAUUGCAGAAGAUGGGUUUUCCCAUAGCACAGAGGGGCUGCUGUUUCUAAAGACUAUUUUUGUUCUCCAGAUGAAUCAUUUGGUGACACCAGUUGUAGGAUUUAUAGAGGAUGCAUUCCAGGCCACUCCUAAUCCAGAUGAAGUGAGCGAGGUUUUUUUUGUGCCUUUGGAGUACUUCAUCAAGCCCUUAAAGUACAAGGCCUUGUCCUAUAAAACCUCAUCAGGUUCCUUAACUCUGAUGCACUGCUUUAUAUAUUAUGACCAGGAACAUAAAAAGUCAUUCAAGAUAUGGGGACUUACUGCACACUUUGCUGUAUUUCUUGCUCUUGUAAUUUUUGGAGAGAGACCUACCUUUGAAGUGGAUUAUGACCUUGACAACUUGAUUUCAUCCUCCGAGAAUUACUUCAUUAAUUUGUAUGCUUCUAUAUAUGAAAGAAAGAAGAGUAAUCUAUGACAAACUGGUCUGGCAAUCAGUUUAUACUGAAGGAGGAAAAAGAGUUUUGUUUAUUCCCAUUGUACCUGUUAUUUGUUUGAAAGUUAUACUUGAAUUUUUUUUCUGAAUUGGGAACUUCUUAAAGCUUAUUUCUAACUAAUGUUUUUCUGUUGACUAGAUUAAUAUAAUU